AUUGUUAUUAAAUACGACGAACUGAACAAGCAAGAUGAAGAAUUUUUUUCGAAAAUGGUACAGUUUUGGUAAGGGUAAAUACGUAAUUUGAGAAGAUAGGAAGCAUAGUUUCGGCAAGGGCUUAUAGAGGGUUUUGCGCUGCUCGUAAAAGCUGUCUUAUUUUCCUUUCUGGCUUGGUCUGCAAGACAUGAUAGAAAACAAUGGUGGAUCCAUUCCAUUCCAGUCAUUAGCGUAAAUUGGCAAUAAACUUAACCAACUGCAUAAUCACUGAGAAAAGGGUCAAUUUUGGAGCUUAAUCUUCACUAUUUGCAGCCACUCAUGUUGAAGGCCAUUACGUCUUCGUGCUUACGAGCUCGAUACCAUGCCAAGGCCUCGACGUUGCCUACCUAUAAACGUCUGGGGACUGAGUCGACUUCGCCAUUAUUGCGGGUGUUUGGUUCACUCAGAGAAUCGAGUCGUCUAAACACUAAUUUAUACUGGAGAGUGUUCUUUUGCUCGGAAUCCGGCGGCGAUGGGUCGGAGCCCGUUGCAGAAUCCGGUUCUGAGGCAAAGAAGGGUGAGGUGGAAGCUGAAGAAUCGAACGCCAAAUCUUCCGCUAUAGUUCCUGUAUUCAAGCCGGAAGAUUGCCUUACGGUUCUGGCAUUGCCACUGCUACAUCGGCCAUUAUUUCCGGGAUUCUACAUGCCUAUUUUCGUUAAGGAUCCCAAGUUAUUGGCAGCUUUAGUGGCUAGUAAAAAACGUCAAGCACCCUAUGCUGGUGCUUUUCUUGUUAAAGAUGAUCCAGGAAGCGAUUCUAAUAUAGCAUCUGGUUCAGACACGGAUAAAAGUAUAUAUGACCUUAAGGGAAAGGAUUUGUUGAAUCGUCUUCAAGAAAUUGGUACACUAGCUCAGAUCUCAAGUAUCCAAGGAGAUCAGGUGGUUCUGAUUGGCCAUAGGCGACUUCGAAUAACAGAGAUGGUCACCGACCAUCCUCUAACAGUUAAAGUUGAACAUCUCAAGGACAUGCCUUAUGAUAAAGAUGACGAUCUUGUAAAAGCAACAUCUUUUGAGGUCAUAUCAACUCUGAGGGAUGUCUUAAAGACAAGUUCCCUGUGGAGAGAUCAAGUUCAGACUUACAAUCAGCAUAUAGGUGACUUCAAUUACCCAAGGUUGGCAGACUUUGGAGCUGCGAUAUCUGGUGCAAACAAACAUCAAUGCCAACAAGUUCUUGAAGAGCUAGAUGUCUAUAAAAGGUUAAAGCUUACCUUGGAACUAGUAAAGAAGGAGAUGGAAAUUAGUAAAAUUCAGGAAUCAAUAGCAAAAGCAAUUGAAGAGAAGAUAAGUGGUGAACAGCGUCGUUACUUGUUGAAUGAACAGCUUAAGGCCAUAAAGAAGGAACUCGGAUUGGAAGCUGACGAUAAAACGGCUCUUUCUGCUAAAUUUAGAGACAGAAUUGAACCCAAUAAAGAGAAAAUCCCGGCUCAUGUUUUACAAGUUAUAGAAGAAGAACUAACAAAACUGCAGCUUUUAGAGGCUAGUUCAAGUGAAUUUAACGUGACACGUAAUUAUCUUGAUUGGUUGACUGCUUUGCCUUGGGGCAGUUACAGUGAUGAGAACUUCAAUGUAGUUCAGGCACAAAAGAUUCUUGAUGAAGAUCAUUAUGGUUUGUCUGAUGUGAAGGAAAGGAUAUUGGAGUUCAUUGCUGUUGGGAAACUGAGAGGAACCUCUCAAGGAAAGAUAAUCUGUCUCUCUGGACCUCCCGGCGUGGGAAAAACUAGCAUAGGCCGCUCAAUUGCCCGUGCUUUAAAUCGAAAGUUCUAUCGGUUUUCUGUUGGUGGAUUGUCUGAUGUUGCUGAGAUCAAGGGGCAUCGUCGUACUUAUAUUGGUGCCAUGCCAGGAAAAAUGGUGCAGUGCUUGAAAAAUGUUGGAACAUCUAAUCCCCUUGUUCUUAUUGAUGAGAUCGACAAGUUAGGAAGAGGACACGCGGGCGAUCCAGCAAGUGCAAUGUUGGAGCUUCUUGAUCCAGAACAAAAUGCAAAUUUUCUUGAUCACUAUCUUGAUGUUCCAAUUGACUUAUCAAAAGUCUUAUUUGUCUGUACAGCAAAUGUUAUCGAAACAAUACCCAAUCCUCUGCUGGACAGAAUGGAGAUUAUUUCCAUAGCUGGAUAUAUAACUGAUGAGAAAAUGCACAUUGCCAGAGACUAUUUGGAGAAAGCUACACGUGAAGCCUGUGGGAUCCGACCUGAACAGGUGGAAUUGACAGAUGCUGCUCUUCUUGCUUUAAUUGAAAACUACUGCCGAGAAGCAGGUGUUAGAAAUCUUCAGAAACAGAUUGAAAAAAUCUAUCGAAAGGUCGCCCUGCAACUUGUGCGGAGUGGGGCAGAGAAAGAAACAACAAUUGAGGAAGUUCAAUCUAUAGAACCUACAGAAACCAAGCAAGAAACUGACCCUGAAUUGGUGGAUGAAGAAGUAGUGGUUGAAUCAUUGGCAGAUGGGAAUCUUGAAGUGGACGAUAAGAAUGAGGAAGCGCUUACACCAGUAGAGAAAGUGUUGGUAGAUACAUCGAAUUUGACGGAUUUUGUUGGAAAACCGGUGUUCCAUGCUGAGCGUUUAUUUGAUCAGACACCCAUUGGGGUUGUAAUGGGUCUUGCUUGGACUUCUAUGGGGGGUUCCACCCUAUAUAUAGAGACUAUUCUUGUUGAGCAAGAUGAAGGGAAAGGAGCCUUGCAUCUCACUGGUCAACUAGGCGAUGUCAUGAAGGAGAGUGCUCAGAUUGCUCAUACAGUUGCCAGAUCCAUAUUGUUAGAGAAGGAACCGGAUAAUUCAUACUUUGCCAAUUCCAAACUUCAUCUCCAUGUUCCUGCUGGAGCCACACCCAAGGAUGGUCCUAGUGCUGGAUGUACUAUGAUCACUUCAUUGAUGUCUCUUGCCUUGAAGAAGCCUGUUAGGAAGGACCUAGCAAUGACGGGAGAGGUCACAUUGUCCCGUAAGAUUCUCCCAAUUGGUGGGGUCAAGGAGAAGACUAUAGCUGCAAGACGAAGCGGUGUGAAGAUCAUAAUUUUCCCUUCUGCCAACAGACGCGAUUUUGAUGAGCUUGCGCCUAAUGUGAAGGAAGGACUUGAGGUCCACUUUGUGGAUGAUUACAAUGAAAUACUCAAUUUGGCUUUUGGCGAUGAGCAGUCAUCCGAAAAGUAAACAAGCCUCGUCUCUGUAUCGAUGCAAGAGUUUUCAGGAUCUUGUUUCGUGUUGAAGAGGUUAGGUAGUGUAAGUUUAGUUUUAUAAUUUGGCUGGCUGGGCAGGGAUUUGUUUUUCUGAUCUGAUCAAUUUGAUUCUUAUUGAUUAUGUUUAAGGACGAAGUUAUCCCAUUUCUCAUUUGAUGAAUUUUUGGGGGUGAAAUAAGGUUUAUGUGGCUGUAGAAUGUAUACGAGAAAAGAAAAUGAUCAUAACUCGGAUUUUUUGAGCCUCUUGAGACUUGGUUUAAAAUGUCUUUU